UGAUUAUUGUUAUCUUGAUCGUGGUUUUGGGUUUGUUAUCUCGAUCGUAAUUCAUAAAAAGUUGCUAUCGAGGAGAAGGCAAUGUUUUAUGUGUGUAGUUUGGCAGCUUAAUUACUGUGCCUGUGGGGGUGGUGAAAUUAAUUAUAGGACAUAAAAAAUAAAAAAGAAAAGCAACACGUCAGUUCGUGGGCUGAGCAACUCCUUUUGUUGGGCCGUCCUGGGCUCGGUGCUCUCCACGCUGCUUGUUCCCCAUCAGACAGCCGCCCUAGUCGUGCUCGAGGUCACCCUCCGCUCUGCCGAUCUCCGGCCGCCAGCGGCGGCGACCGUCACCUCCGGCCGAGCUCGCCUGCCCCGCUGAUCCGCCGGCGACAGUCACCUUCGUCUGAGCCUGCUUGCUCCGACAAUUGCGCCCCACCUGCCACUCCCGCGAUGGCGAAGCUGCGCGCCGCCGCCUCCAACUCCGGCGACCUGCUCCUGGAUGCGCUGAGCGAGAUCCUGCUGCGUCUCUCAGCCAAGGAGCUCUGCCGCCUCCGCGCCGUCAGCCCCACCUGGCGGUCCCUCACCUACGACCGGGCCUUCAUCGCUGCCCACAGGGCCCGCCACCGGGAGCCGCUCCUCGCCUUCGCCCACCGCGACGACAACCAUGUCCACAACGUCGACAUCGUGGAUCUGUCCGGCGAGCUCGUGAGGCGGAUGCCGAGACCCGAGGACGGCGUCGGCGUGCUUGGCACUCGCCUCGACCUCGUCCGCGUCGCGUGCAGGUACCGGCGCAUGGCUUUCUGGGUGCUGAACCCGGCCACCGGUGCUGCUCUGGCGUUGCCAGAUUGCCACUCGGAGUACAUGGGGAACGGGCCGGACGAGCGGUUCGUUCUCUCCCUGUGGCCUUGUGGAGAGGAAUGCAUUCGGCCGGGUCUCCACCACUGGAGAGUACAAGGCACUCCGCAUCACCCGCUGCUCCUUUGGCCCCAAAUAUAAGGUCUGCGAGGUGAUCACCAUUGGCGCCGACGGCAGCGACCAUGGAGUGUGGAGGGAAAUGCCUAGGCCUCCCUCCCUUAUCUGUAUAGAUGGUGCUAUGUGCAGGAAGUCCUCGAUUGUGGAGGAGAUGAAAUGUGUGGUCGUGGAUGGAGUGGUGCAUUUCUUGAUAUAUCCUGAAUUCAGCUAUCUCCACUCAAGUUUUGAGCGUGGCAGCAUAGCUUCUUUCAACCUGGAGACUGAGGAGUGGAUGCCGACUCUCCGUGGGCCAUCUCCCGUGCGUACCUUCGUUACGGAUUUAUCGUUGUCUAAUUUAUGUGGCUGCUUGGUUACAGUUCACAAUAUUCGUUACACUUUCAUGGACCUAUGGUUUCUAUCAGAUUUUGAGAAGGGGCUGUGGGUCAAAAAGUACAGCUUGCCUUCCCAGGUUGCUAGGCCUCGUGUGUAUCCAUUGCUGGUAUUGGAUGAUGAAAGGAUAUUGUUUAUGCAUGGACAGACACCGGAUUCUUUGGUACGUUUUCGCCUGGAAACUGGUAUUUAGUUAUUUACACAUAUGACCUGAAAACUGGUGCUUACACUCAUGUAUUGGACUUGGACAUGGGGAGUUUCGAUUCGGGAUUCAUUGGCAUUUACACAGGAAGUCUGCUGAGUCCAUAGAGAUGUUGUCAGUUGGCACUGAUGAGUAUGUAUGGGAUGGGGAGUGGGUAGUUGGUCUAUCACCGAACGACAACCUUUUAAGACAGUACUGGAUAUGGGAUUGAUGUUGAGCCAUCGAGACCUGUUCCUUUCAGGCGCUUCUGCGAAUCUGCUUGAUAUGAUUUUUUUUUUCUGUGAUUACUUUUGGAGGUGAACAUAUUCAGUGCUGAAAUGUUCGUUUGUGCAUUAGUUUCUGUCUUCGAAAUUGUAGGCUGACAAUGUAGGUUCAAGUUUCUCCUUGAUAGGGUUGGGUGGGGCUCCUUCCCAAAACAGCCUGUCUGUUAGACUAUGGGUGGAUGAUUACCGUAUGGAAUGCCGGCAGAUCGGCAUUGACGGUGGAGGAAAUGGUGGUGUUUGAGCUAUGUGAUCGAGCUGCACGCUCAGAUCGAAGCUGCGCCAUGGGCCGGCGGCUAUCCGGCCCACGAUCGAAAAAAAAGCAAGUCGACGAUCGAUGUGGAUCGGCCCACGAAGGGCAUCUUACUUCCCAGAGCUAGUCAUGAACAUGAAAAUUACAGAUUAUAAGAAGUUGGCAUAUAACUAACAACAUACGCAUAUACAAGAAAUAAUUAUAUUGCUCCAC